ACAACACACGACAACACACACACAUCAAGUUGCUUCAUGAAAGCAACCCACCUAGACAUGUUUCUUUGUUUCGUUUUGCUCUGAAUUGUUUCAACUGAAAAUCAUUUUUGAUAGAGAGACAUGCACAGCCAACGGUCAGGAGCGAGAGUUGAGGGAGGAAAGAAAGUGUACUUCUCCAAAACCCCAAACAGAAUCACACAAGCUUAGCUGAGUUGUGCGGUUCUUGGAAAUUGGAAUGAUACACAUCACAACCCACAUCCACCCCCACCCCAUCUCUUAUCUCAUUUUUCUCCAAUAUUCAUUCAUUCAUUCCAAUAUCUAAGUUUCCAUCACUUGAAUCCUUACUAUAAUUAUCUACUUUAUGGCAAAUCUCUUGCCAUCAUUCUCAUUCUCAGUGAGUCCUCAGAAUCAGCACCAAAACAGAACAAAAUGGUCCUUUUUUCACAAACCUUGCAUCCAAAGGAUGCAGCAGCAACUUGUGAGCAGGAAUUUGCAAGAUCUCACCAACCCCUUUUCCCAGAAUCUCAUUUCCAAACUGUGCGCCACAUCACGGUUGUCUGUGGAGGAAACCGAGCAGAAAGUCACUACCUUUAUCCAAGCUCAAGAUCUAAAAAAGGCAGUACCGUAUUUGUUCAGGACAGGAAUCAGUGAAGGUUUGGUUAAGGUUUAUGUCACAAAGAAAAAGGUUAGUUCUUUUGUGUAUAUUGAAGUUUCUUCUUUGGAAUUUGGUGAAGGGGAAGGAACACCUGUGUUGUGUUGGGGUGUGUACAGAGCUGAUUCAUCGAGUGUAGAUGCAGGAACAGGGAUGAAUGUGACCCCCCUGGUGAAAAUUUCUCAGGGGAAGUUUACUGUUGAAUUGGAAUUUGAUGCAGAACAAGUUCCUAUGUACUUGUCUUUUUUGUUGAGAUCUUCGUUUGAUUCCGGGUUGGAAAUCAGAAGCCACUUGAAAAGGAAUUUCUGUGUGCCUGUUGGUUUUCUUCCUGGGUACCCUGCUCCUCUGGGGUUCUCAUUUUCCCCUGAUGGGUCUAUGAAUUUUGCUGUUUUCUCAAGACAUGCAGAGGGUGUGGUUUUGUGUUUGUAUGAUGAUGACAGUGGUGUGGAGAAGCCUGCUUUGGAGCUUGAUCUGGAUCCUUAUGUCAAUAGGACAGGCGACAUCUGGCAUGUCGCGUUUGAGAGUUCCUGGACUUUUGUGAGAUACGGUUAUCGCUUCCGAGGAGCUCUUGUUCACAGGAACAAGGAUGGUGGUUAUGAAGAUGAGGGUGUUGUUUUGGAUCCAUAUGCUAGGAUCAUUGAGAAUUUUUAUCCUAGUGGUGUUGGAUCAAUGAAGAAUCUUGGAAGGUUGGGACAGGAACCUGCUUUUGACUGGGGUGAUGAUUACCAUCUGGAUUUGCCCAUGGAGAAACUAGUGGUGUAUAGGUUGAAUGUGAAGCGAUUCACAGAGCACGAGUCCAGCCAACUCCCGAGUGAUUUAGCUGGGACCUUCUCUGGUUUGGCAAAAAAGCUGCAGCAUUUUAAGGAUCUGGGUGUGAAUGCUGUUCUGUUGGAGCCAGUUUUCACAUUUGAUAAGGAGAAAGGACCAUAUUUUCCUUGCCAUUUUUUUGCUCCGACGAGUGCUUAUGGACCAUCUAGUGGUCCUGUAUCUACCAUCACCUCUAUGAAAGAGAUGGUGAAGGCUAUGCAUGCCAAUGGGAUAGAGGUUCUCAUGGAAGUUGUUUUCUCCAACACUGCUGAGAUGGCUGCCCUGCAAGGAAUUGACGACUCAUCCUACUAUUAUGAUAAUGGAGUUGGUAAUCUGAAGUUGCACAAUGCUUUGAAUUGUAACUUUCCUAUAGUGCAGAAUUUGAUUCUAGAUAGCCUUCGGCAUUGGGUAACUGAGUUUCACAUUGAUGGCUUCUCUUUCAUAAAUGCUUCACAUCUGUUGAAAGGGUUUCAUGGAGAAUACUUGUCUCGGCCGCCAUUGGUUGAAGCAAUUGCUUUUGACCCUGUACUCUCCAAGACUAAAAUCGUUGCAGAUUGCUGGGAUCCUCAUGGCAUAGCAGUAGCAAAGGAAAAUCCGUUUCCUCAUUGGAUGAGAUGGGCUGAAAUAAAUACAAAAUUUUGUGAUGAUGUUAGAAAUUUUUUGAGGGGUGAAAACCUUCUUAGCAACCUUGCAACCAGACUUUGUGGAAGUGGUGACAUGUUUUCUGAUGGAAGAGGCCCUGCAUUCUCUUUUAAUUACAUUUCAAGGAACUCUCGACUUUCUCUGGUGGACUUGGUCAGCUUCAGCAAUGGUGAUCUAGCUGCAGAGUUAAGUUGGAAUUGUGGAGAAGAAGGACCUACUAAUAACACCACUGUCCUUGAAAGACGACUCAAACAAAUCCGCAAUUUCCUUUUCAUCUUGUUUGUGUCAUUAGGAGUGCCUGUUCUGAACAUGGGAGAUGAGAGUGGUCAAUCUUCUGGUGGUUCUCCUGCAUAUGGUGACAUAAAACCUUUCAAUUGGAGUGCUUUGAAAACAGGUUUUGGUAAACAAACCAUGCAAUUCAUUUCAUUCUUAACUUCACUGAGAAUAAGGAGGAGUGAUGUUCUUCAGAGUAGGUGUUUCUUAAAAGAAAAAAACAUUGAAUGGAGUGGAAGUGAUCAGGCUCUCCCAAAGUGGGAAGACCCAUCCUGCAAGUUCUUGGCCAUGACUUUGAAGGCGGAAAAAUUGGAGUUCCCAGAGAACUCUACUAUUUGUGAUGAUGGAUCAGGGGAUUUGUUUAUUGCUUUCAAUGCAGAUGAUAAACCAGAAACUGUAGUUUUGCCCCUGCUUCCAGAAGGGAUGUCAUGGUACCGUUUAGUUGAUACAGCUCUUCCAUUUCCAGGCUUUUUCUCCACAAAUGGUGAAUUUGUCCCUGAGCAGGCGUCAGGUUUAACUGUUUAUCAAAUGAAGUCUUACAGUUGCACAUUGUUUGAGGUAAAACACAGUACCAGUUAAAAGGAAUUACUUUCCCAACUCCCCUUAAAAAUAGGUCCUCUGUAAAUUUUGUCAUUGUAAACAAUUGUCAUAUCAGUUGUAGAUUUGUUAAUUAAUUAAUGUGAUAUAACAAUAAUUUGGUGAGAAUAAGUACCACGGAAUGUCUGUUAGAA